CUUUUCCAACGACAUAAACACCGGGGUGACAAAAGACGCAAUUGGACUCUCACACCAGUGAGACCGGUCAUCAUAAUGAGGGCCUCGAAUAUGGCCCGUCUCCCACCCAUCUACGAUGAGAAGAUACAAGUGGACUGCUUCCCAGUCGCUGGAAGGGGAAAUCAGGACGGUCCCUUUGGAGGUGGCGCUGAUGCUACAACUUCAACCAGCAGCAGGAGAAACCAGUGCAGUGGAGGCCCUGCUGGACUGGUACGAUUUAGACCUGGAGCUGAUUCUGGUCCUCGAGAGACCAGUCCUCUGCAUGGACCUUCUCGACGACAGAAACUCAUUAGGUCAUCACCUGCCUGAGGACCAAGCUAAAACCAUAGUAAAACAGCUGGUGGACGCUCUCAUUGAAGUCCACUCCAAAGAGGUCUUCCACAGGGACAUCAAGCUGGACAACAUCCUCAUUGAGACCGGCUCUGACGUCCCACGUGUCCGGCUCAUUGACUUUGGCACACUUCUGUCAGAGGGGCUGUACAGUACAAGACUAGGAACCUUUGGAAACAGCUGCGCUGAGUGGUUCCUAUUCAGGUGCUACAGGGCUGAACCCUCCACUGUGUGGCAGCUUGGUGUCGUUCUGUUUACGCUGCUGCAAGGACAGUUCCCCUUGACGAAAUCAGCUUUGAAAAGCCUGACGUCAGAGGAUACUUUUCCUCAGUCUGACCAGGAUGCAAAGCUUUUCUUCUGAGCUGCCUGGAAAAGAGCCCAGACCCACCCUGGAGGAGCUGAAGCACCACCCCUGGCUGAGCACACAUUAAUGGUGCUGAAAGGAAACAUGAGGAUGGUCCCUUUGGAGGCAACCCUGUAUCACAAAAAAUUAUUUUCCCCACAACUAAAAUGUAAAUUGAAGUUACGUUUGACCGAAACGUAUUUCUCUCCAGAUUACGUUUGUAUUUGACGUGUUACAAAUUCGUCUCUAAUCGACGAAUCUUUGCCGUUUGUCGUCUCGCUUUUCUACAAUGCUGUUAUGAACUGGAAAAAGCGUCCUCUAGUCUCGUUUAUUAUUAUUUUAUACGUUGUUUCGCCUGCGUAUUAUGUCAGUAUAAUAGGCGUUGUAACGGAUCCCUGUAUAUGAAUUGGCGUGAAGACUUACUGCUGGUGACACUCCUUUAUUUUCUUUCUGCCUCUGCCGCAGCUCAAGCCAGUUCCCGCUGCAGCCUCCGUGCAACAGCUCAUUUAAUUUACCUGCUGAUUAUUUCGUAUUGUGUUUUUCUUUGUAUUAAUGUUCUAAUGUACUGUGAUUGUGAAAUAAAGAAACUUAUUGCAUCUAA